AUGAUCGAAGAAAUAUUUAUCCACAACAAGGACUAUGUGGAUAUAAAAUCUAUUAAGAAAUUUCCAUCAACAUUGAGGUUGGUAGUUUUGCUAAUCAUUGCGGCUUGUGGAAUGUACAUUUACUCAAGUAAUUUAGAGCAAACAAGGGUUCGCACAAAUACCAGGUUGUUGGAACUCAUAGUUGUCAACAAGUCAUCAUGUCAUCCUUCUAGUGUGGAGGAAUGGGAAGUCCCCUACUUGCAUUAUCCAGAUCCCAAAACUUACAGCAGAGAGGAGUGUGCUUGCAAUCCUGUCCAGUUUUUUUCCAUCUUGACAAUGCAAAGAUCAGGGAGCGGAUGGUUUGAGACAUUUUUGAACAGUCACAUUAAUGUUAGCUCCAAUGGAGAAAUAUUUUCUAUACCCAAAAGAAGGGAGAAUGUUUCUUCAAUUUUGAAGACAAUGGAUGAAGUGUACAAUCUUGAUUGGUUCACUAGUGCUUCAAAGAAUGAGUGCUCCGCAGCCGUGGGCUACAAGUGGAUGCUUAAUCAGGGUUUGAUGGAGCAUCAUAAGGAGAUAGUGGAAUACUUCCAACGUAGACGAGUUUCUACAAUAUUCCUUUUCAGAAGGAAUUUGCUCCGUAGAGUGUUAUCUGUGCUAGCAAAUUCCUAUGACAAAGUUGCCAAGCCACUAAAUGGAACCCACAAGUCUCAUGUCCACUCCACACUAGAGGCUAAAAUUCUCGCCAAAUACAAGCCACGGAUCAAUACCAAGUUACUGUGGCCAGAGCUCAAGCGAACAGAGGAGGCAGUUGCAAAAGCCAUUGAAUACUUUAAUAACACUCGCCACAUUGUUCUCUACUACGAGGAUCUUGUUAAAAAUCGCACGAAACUCAAGGAUGUUCAAGAAUUUCUAAGAUUGCCGUAUAGAGAUCUGCAUAGCCGUCAGGUAAAGAUUCAUACUGCCCCAUUAUCAAAGCAAAUCGAAAACUGGGAUGAAGUGCAGAAAGCGCUGAAAGGGACCCCAUACCAGAGCUUUAUCCUCUCAGACUAG